AUGGAAACGAUUGUGACGGAGAUCGAGUCAGCAAUCAACGAUCGUCCCCUUACACAUCUUUCUACUGACGACAACGAUUUAAAUCCACUUACGCCCUCCCACCUGGUCAACGGAAGAAAUAUUUGCUGUUUACCAAGGCAAACAGUCAUCAAUCCUAACUCCAAUUUCGCCACAGAUCACCAGUCAGCCAACUGGCGCUAUGCGUAUUUAACUACCUUGCUAACCGCAUUUUGGAAAAGAUGGGCUAACGAAUAUAUCGUUUCACUGCGAGAACGACACCUUAAUCAACACAGAGGAGUUAAAAUCAACACUGUACGGGUCGGCGACAUAGUACUUAUUCACAACGAUGUGCGUAAGCGGGUACAUUGGCGUAUGGGCCGUGUGACAAAGUUGUUACCGGGAGCCGACGGUAUAGUUCGUGCUGUGGAACUAGCAACCAAAAACGGUUCCACAAAUCGAUCUAUAACUCGACUGAUUCCAUUGGAAUUGUCUACUGAAUCUGAGACCGAAUCACAUCUAACCCGAGAUUUGAUGAUUUCGAAACCCAAUAUGAAUAUUGAUCAACGAGAUGAACAAGCCGGGAGAAGGUCACACACAAGCAGUCCCGCCGGGGACGGUGACCAAAGACCACACGCAAGUAGCUCCAAUGGGAGCGGUGGUGGUUCCCACUAUCCUAAAACGCUCAAGUGA